UGAAUGAAUAACGCCAUCUUGUUUUCCCCCGGAGUGGUUGUAGAUUGUAAAGGUGGAGUGCAAUUGAUUUUACUUUGACUGUCCGUGUUGUCGAAGAACCGAAAAAAAAUUUAUUUUUAUUCUUAGUUGUUCGUAGAAUUUCUCAUAAGAUUGUUAUAAUUUCUCAAAUAGUACAGGAUGCAAGCUAUAAAGUGUGUUGUUGUGGGCGACGGAGCAGUAGGUAAAACCUGCUUGUUGAUCAGCUAUACAACAAAUGCAUUUCCUGGGGAAUAUAUACCUACAGUAUUCGAUAACUAUUCCGCCAAUGUUAUGGUAGAUGGCAAACCUAUUAAUCUAGGUUUAUGGGAUACAGCUGGUCAAGAAGAUUAUGAUAGACUUAGGCCUUUAUCUUAUCCUCAGACGGAUGUAUUCCUUAUCUGCUUUUCACUUGUAAAUCCAGCGUCAUUUGAAAACGUCAGAGCAAAGUGGUAUCCAGAGGUUAGUCACCACUGUCCCAACACCCCCAUCAUUUUGGUGGGCACAAAGCUUGACCUGCGAGAAGAUAAGGAAACUAUUGAGAAACUAAAAGAACGCAAAUUGGCUCCCAUCACUUAUCCACAGGGUCUGGCCAUGGCCAAAGAGAUUGGGGCUGUCAAGUAUCUCGAGUGCUCCGCCCUCACCCAGAAGGGUCUCAAGAAUGUCUUCGAUGAGGCCAUCCGCGCAGUGCUUUGUCCGCAGCCCAAGCCCAAGAAAAGGAGACACUGCCGGCUGCUCUAGCAAUCUACAAUUUGUUGUAUAUUUACAUAUAUUUUCUGUAGAGAACUAAUGCACGCUUUGAUAUAUAAAACAAAAAAAUGAAAGGAAUUGGGAGUAAGAGAAAGUUGCCCACUUUGGUGCUUUUUUUUUAAAUCAUCAAAUGUAUUAUUAAUUGCCUAAUGAUUAAUGUCUCUUGCGAGUUGAUACCAUAAUUUUACAGGUCUAAAUUCAAUGGAAAGUAUAUGCCUUCAUUAUGUGACCUCUUUUUCUAAAAUAUUGUUUCUUUUUAAAUGAAAUAUUCUCUGCAUUUGUUCCAGUUUUUUUUUAUUUAAUUAAUAAGAUUUACUUUAUUAUUGUUGUAGAGGAAAAGAAGCUUCUAGCUAUUUUAAUUGUCUUUUCCAAUAUUUUAACCUUUUUUCAUUUUAUUUUUAAUUUGUAUAUUAGAUUGGUCCACAUGAAAAGGAGACUGGUUAUAUCUAGAGAAUAUUUUAAUGACUAUCCAUAUUUAACAUGACAUGCACACAUAAUUGCCAUUGACAAAUUAAUCACACACAUACAUGGUGUGUGAUUGAUUGCUUUGUGUAAAAAUUCCUAAAAUAUCCGGGUUUCUGUGUUAUCCUUUCCUUUAUUUCACAGGUGAUCUUAAGGAGCUUACAUGGGAAAAUAUUGGUUUCCUACAGAGAAUGUUUGAGAUCUUUCUAUCAAAAUUUUGUUAGGAAUCAUGUCCUUUUUCUCCACAUAUGGUUCAAAGCAGCAUUAUUCAACUCGAGAAUGGUUUCUUUUUUUAGUCCAAAAAGAUUAGCAUCACUUUUGCAGUUUCCUUGGGAGAGUGAUCUCGGCAAUACUGAGCUAUGAUGCUGUCAUUCCGAGUAUUACUAGUAAACACAUCAAUCUACUCAAUUAGCAAAACAGUGUUUAUGGCAACAGUCUCCUUAUCAUUGAAAGACCACUGAUAUACUUCUCCUUAUUUUUCAUUUUGUAUCAUAAGCUUUCUAUUAACUGUAGUUGAAGAUUUCUUUUUGUAUGAUUAUAAAUUGGCAAUUUUCAUGAAAAGACACUUGUUAUGGCUAGUUGUUAAGGCUGUUACACUAAAUUGAGAGAGUGUCAUUAGUUAUUUGUUUGUAAUGACUUUUUACUAUGUCUGCAAUGAGUUUUUAAAUAGAGUAUCUAUUGCGAAUUGUAUCUCAAAUGAAGAAUCAAAUUUCUUUCUUUUUUCUAAUUGGUGUUAAAAAAACUGUUUUUCCAUCGAAAUAUAUAGCUAAUUACUUGAGUUCAGUGCUUAAAAAUGCUUUAUUUCUUGUUGAGAAAAAGAAUCUUGUUGUGUUAGUCUCUGCACAUACUGUGUUUAUAUUUUGCAAAAAUGCUUUCAUAUUUUAUUUUUAUGUAUUGUAGGUCUUGUGAGUGUGUAAAUGUGAAUGAUAAAAAAAAAAAAAAAAAAUUAUUAAAUGUACAGUUUGAGAAUGUAGCAUUUGUAUAACUACAAAAUUCUUUUAUAAUCCAUGUUGUAUUGUAAGUUUACUUUGUCAAAGGAUUGCUAUUAAUUAGUACUUCUAAUCUACAAUGUGUUGUUUUUAUGAAUUUAGGUUUUAAUCGCCAGAAAUUUUUUUAAACAGUCCCAAACGUUUUCUAUAGAAUUUAAAAAUUGAUUUCCUUUUCUUGAAAAAUUUUACAAUAACUUCGUUUCUGAAGAUAUUUGCUGGUCAAGGAUAAACUUGAGAAGAAAUUUUUGAAAUUAUAUUAAUUGACAUUUGUCUAUAAUCUUUGAAUCCUUUUGAAAAUUAGUGUUGAAAUGUUUAUUAGAGUUUUAAUAAAUAAACAUAUAUUUCUUGAAUUUACAGCUUCAAUUUUAUUUUUAAAACCUAAUUAAGAAUUAUUCACCUGUAGCGAGCAAGUUUUUUAAUAAUUUUAACAAAGAGUAUUUGGAUGCAAUAAAAAAAUAGUGUAUUGACAUAACUGAAAUCACCAUAGAAUUUAAAAUAAUUGAUAAACAUUACUAUUUGUUAACAUUCUUAAUUUGUUAAUAUUACCCAACAGUUUUGUUCUUCUGCAAGCAAUGAAUUGUAAAUUAUACCUAAAUUUAUACUUUUAAUAUUAUCUUUUAUAUUAACUUUUUCAUACUAUCUAUAAUCAUUAUCUUUUUGUAAUAGUUUUUCUAUUCAAAGCAAUGAAGUCAAUUUAGUACCAAAUAAGCUGUACAGGUUUUGCUUUUUAGAAUUUGUUAAAACAGCAUGACAAUCUUAUUUCUAAAGUAAUUUGUUGCUAUUAAUUGUUAUCAUUUAUAAGAAAAACUCUUUUUAAAAGAAUGUUGACAGAUUUUUUCAUCAAAGCAUAGAAUAAAAUAAUUACAAAUAGCAUUAUUUCUUAUCUUAUAUAUAUAUAUGAUGUAAUAACAUUUAUAGUAUACAGUAAGUAAAAUGUGAUGUAAAAUUCAUUUCUAGCCUUUUUUUUUUAAUGCAUACUUUGUUUUUAAUAUAGCUAGUUUUGGAAACAUUUAAUUUCUAGCUAUGAUGAACAUGGUUAUGUCAAUGCAUUCCAUUCAAAUGUUAUUAAAAUGUAACAAUUUCUUGCCAGAAAUGUUCUGUUUCAGCAAA